CCAAUUCAAUAGAAUCCGACUCAUCUUGUCACAUCGUCUUAAAGUUAUUAUAUUUUUGAUUUGCUAAAUUAUUUUAGUUUAUUUUUUGAUUUAUUUAUUAUUGUUUGUAUAUAAUCAAGUGCCAGUCGAACGGAUAACUGAGUACAGAGAAACAUUACAACGAGACCACAGGUCUCGGCCUUUGGCCAAAAACACUAUAAAAACUAUAAGUAUUGGAAAAAUCAUCCAAAAAGAUCUGCCAUACCCAAGCUAAAUUAAGAUAUUUCAUAAUUUUUUAUUUUCUUUUGUAAUAAUGUCUCAGUGGAAUAAUUCUUAUUCUUACAACCAGUAUCAAGCACCUAAUAAUUGGAACAACGAUUAUAAUAGCCAGUAUCAAGCUUAUUAUCCAAAUCCAAAUAGACAAUAUGACCCCAGUAAUCAAUAUGUUAGUUUUGAUGAAUUUUUAUCUCAAAUGCAAAUUUCAAAUCCACCUCCUACGAAUCCUGCUACCUACAAUAACAUGCAAUAUCAAAACUACCCUAAUGCACAAUAUAACAACAUGCCCAGUUAUCAAAAUGGUACUACACCUCAAAGCUCCCAGGCAGAUUAUGCAUAUGGAUCGAACACUGCCAAUUUCCCUAAUAAUGAGGAAACUUAUCAACCAAACAUGCAUAAUCAGUACAACCAGGUGACCUCAGAUAAAAAUAAUUAUUCAAAUGAAGUGGUUUUUAAAUCAAAGCUAACACCAACUGCUACUGAAUUUGUGCCUAAGAGUUCCAAAUCAAAAUCACCAAGCAGUCCUCACAAUGAGCCUUCACAAGAAGCAAGCUCAUCAAGUGGGGCAGUAAGUAAAUCAUCUAGUAAUUAUUCAAAACCAUCUAGUUCCACAAAUUGGAGAGAAAAACCACAUAGUUCUCAACAAAGUGGUGCCUCAUCUAGUAAUGAAACAACAAGUCAAAUGCAGAAAUUUUCAAAAUAUCAAGACUCAAAUAGAAAUCAUAAAGGGGAGUCUAAAAUUCGUAAUCAAGACUGUUAUAAUAGCCACCCUGAGUCUUUAGAUCAAAACUCUAUUAAAAUGCAUAAAGACUCGUUAAACCGUCCCAGUGAAUUGAAUAAUCGGAACCGAAAAUCCAAAAAUCGUGCCACUAAUAGUAAUCAAAUGCAAGAGACUAACUACCGUAAUCAAGAUUUUAAUCAUCAAGACUCUAACAAUCAUAGAAUAAACAAUCGUAACAGUGAUUUAAACAGCUUUAAUCAUGAGACAAAUGCCUAUGAUGAAGUAAGCACGCACAAUGAAGGGGGCCAAUUAAAAUCCAACCCAAAGACUAAGAAUAAAGAGUCUGAUGUAGGUCGAACUUUUUACAACAGUACUAUGCCUAAAGAAAGUCAAGAUGUUAGGAAUGGAAGAAGUGAAGGAUCAAGAAUUCGUAAAUGGGCUGGCAGCCAACGUUUAAGAGCUACAGAACGUAAUAGUACUGAAGAUGAACAAUAUGCAAAUACAUAUGGAUAUUAUAGGGAAGAAAAAGUGAAAGAUAGUGUGUCCAGUCCAAUGCGAGGAAAAAAGGCUUUCACAAAUAUAGGAGCAAAUACAGAAAUGACUCAGCGGGAACGUCUAAGUGAACAAUUAGAUAAAGGAACCCUUGAAUGUCUGGUGUGUUGUGAAAGAGUGAAACAGACUGACUCUGUUUGGUAUUGCAGCAACUGCUACCAUGUGUUGCACCUCCGCUGUAUAAGGAAGUGGGCCAUGAGCAGUUUGGUUGAAGGCAAAUGGCGUUGUCCAGCAUGCCAGAACACAAGUCAAGAUAUACCAACUGAAUAUAGAUGUAUGUGUGGGGCUGUACGUAACCCAGAAUAUCAGAGAGGCUCGAGUGGGGCUCACACUUGUGGCAAAGCCUGUAAGCGGCCCAGAACAUGUCCACAUCCUUGUACAUUGCUUUGUCAUCCUGGUCCUUGUCCACCAUGUCAAGCCACUAUUAAGAAGGAAUGCGGCUGCGGUACAGAAACACGGUCAGUACUCUGCAGCAGUAAAUUGCCGCAAGUUUGCGGUCGACAAUGUAGUCGUAAACUCGAGUGUGGGGUACACUCAUGCACAAAAGACUGCCAUGAGGGUCCCUGUGAUGCAUGUGAAGAAAUUGUCACCCAAGUGUGCCACUGCCCCGCGGCUAAGUCUCGCUCCGUGCCGUGCACGGCGGAGUCGGGCGCGUGCGCCACGUGGUCGUGCGCGGCGCCGUGCGGGCGCGUGCUGGCAUGCGGCGCGCACGUGUGUCGCGCUGCGUGUCACGAAGCGCCCUGCCCCCCAUGCCCGCUACGCCCCGACAACGUACCUGCCUGUCCCUGCGGCAACACCAGAAUAGGCAAGGAUCAGCGUAAGUCUUGUACAGACCCAAUACCACUUUGUGGUAAUAUCUGCGCCAAGCCAUUACCAUGUGGUCCUUCUGGAGAUAAACAUUUCUGCAAAGAGUGUUGUCAUGAAGGUAAUUGUCGCGUAUGCCCCGACACCACGCUGCUGCAAUGUCGCUGCGGACACUCCAGCCGCGAGGUCCCCUGCGCAGACCUGCCACAGAUGCUUAACAAUGUACUGUGCCAGAGAAAGUGUAAUAAGAAGCUGUCGUGCGGCCGCCACCGCUGCCGUACGACUUGCUGCGACGCACAGUCGCACCGCUGCGCCGUGGUGUGCGCGCGUACGCUAUCCUGCCAGCUGCACCGCUGCGAGGAGUUCUGCCACACCGGACACUGCGCGCCCUGUCCUAGAGUCAGUUUCGAGGAGCUCCGCUGCGAGUGCGGGACGGAGGUGGUGCUGCCGCCCGUGCGCUGCGGCACCAAGCCGCCCGCCUGCAGCGCGCCGUGUCGCCGCGCCCGCGCCUGCGCGCACCCGCCGCACCACUCGUGCCACUCGGGCGACUGUCCGCCCUGCGUCGUGCUCACCACCAAGAUGUGCUACGGGAAGCACGAGGAACGUAAAACCAUCCCAUGUUCACAAGAGGAGUUUUCGUGCGGGUUGCCAUGCGGCAAGCCCCUACCUUGUGGAAAACACACAUGCAUAAAAACGUGCCACAAGGGUCCCUGCGAUACCGGAAAAUGCACGCAAGCGUGCACUGAGAAGCGUCCGAGUUGCGGACACCCGUGCGCCGCGGCGUGCCACUCGGGCGGCGGCGGCGCGUGUCCCAGCGGGGCGCCGUGCAAGCGCCUCGUGUGCGCCACGUGCCCGUGCGGGCGCCGCAAGGCGGAGCGUACCUGCUGCGACAACGCCAGAGACUAUGCCAAGAUGGUGAGCACUUUGGCAGCAUCGAAGAUGCAAGAAGGUGGUACCGUGGAUUUAACUGAAGUACAGCGUCCAAGUGCAAUGCUAAAAACGCUUGAGUGCGACGAGGAAUGCUUUGUGGAAGCGCGUAGUCGCCGCCUGGCGUUGGCGCUGCAGCUGCGCAACCCCGACGUGUCGGCCAAGCUCGCGCCGCGCUACAGCGAGCACGUGCGCUCCACGGCUGCACGCGAGCCCGCCUUCGCCCAGCUCGUGCACGAACGACUCACUGACCUCGUGCAACUCGCCAAGAAGUCAAAACAGAAGACUCGCGCCCAUUCAUUCCCAUCUAUGAAUAGACAGAAGCGUCAGUUCAUUCACGAGCUGUGUGAACACUUUGGCUGUGAGAGUGUCGCGUAUGACGCAGAGCCUAACAGAAACGUUGUUGCCACAGCUGAUAAGGAAAAGUCGUGGCUGCCGGCGAUGAGCGUGCUGGAGGUGCUGGCUCGCGAGGCGGGCAAGCGCCGCGUGCCCGGCCCCGUGCUGCGCGCGCCCGCACACACGCCCGCCGCGCCCUCGCCGCCCUCCGCGCACGCGCACGCCUCCGCCGCCUCCAAAUCAUCCGGCGGCUGGGCGACGCUGACCUCAACGAACGCGUGGGCGGCUCGCAGCCAGCCCAAGCAGGCGCCCAAGAUAGACUACUUCGACAACCCGCCCGACAAUUGAACGAUUAGCUCAAUUCAGGCCAGAUGAGUGCUUAAGUUGCCGAUGGAUAUUAUGUGAAAUAUAUGAUAUUUCUCAAUUAUUUUUAUGCAAUUAAUAGAAAUGAAAAAUAUGUACAUAAUUAAACUAUUUGGUCAAUUUCAAAUGUCGUUUUUUAUGUAUAAAGUAUGAGCAAAAAGAAAAAAUAAAGUCCGUUCCAGUCCGAGCGGCCAAAGAAAAUUACCCUUGUGCGCUCAUUAUUUGACUUUCAUUGGCCAAAUACUUACGGUUGUCUUACAUGCCGGAUUGGUAUCGCUUAUCGCGUCGUUUAUAGCGUCGCGCAUUGACCAAUGGGUUCGGGUAUUUUUCCUUUUGCGACCUUUUACCGACCCGUGGAAUGGACUAUAGUUUAAUUAUGAUACAUAGGUAUUUCCAUAACAAAAAAAAACUGUGGCUAAUAUUUUUUUGUAUAUUUUAAUAUAAAAUACUUAAAAAUAAAACUUUAGAUUUUUUUAAAUUAAAUUAAUAGGAAUUUCAAUUACAAAUUAAACAUUUGUAGGGUGACUAAAUGUUUGAAUUUAACUAAUUAUUGGCAUAACUAUGGAGGCACUCGUCUGCGUCUACUUUUUUAUAAGAAACUUACAAGUGAUCUCUGCAUCAUAGAAAAUUAAUAAUAAAAAAAAGUAGAAAUGGAAGAUAUAUAAAUAACAUAAAAUAGUACAGUAACUAUAGAACACUUCUGUUAUAUUAACUGUUCAACGAAUAUCACCAUAGACAAAUAUAAAUGCUGCCUUAUAUGUUAUAAUGAAUUUUCAAACAUUAUUUAUAUUAUAUUUAAUGUUAUACAAAGCGAGAACUUUGUUUGAGAUCACAAGUAAGAAUUAGUAGAGUCAAUUUUAUAUAUUAUUCAUAUUAUAAUAAAAUAUACAUGCAUAGGAUAUGUGUGGGCUAUGUGUUAUUUGAUGAUUAAUGGAAAUCACUUAUAUAUAAGAAAAUAUUAGGUAAACUUCACUUUCAAGCAUAUAAAGGACUUUUCGUUUCUUAUCUAAAAUAUGUUAUAUGUCAUUCCUAGUUUUUUUAAUUUAUAUAAUUGGCCUAAUUUAGAUUAUUUUUUACCUUUUUUUCUAUUUUAGGAAUUUCCCUUUAAAAUUCAAUUAAACUUUUUUGCUAAAUUAUAAACUAAUGUCAUGUCAAUGUUUAACACAAAUGCUAGUUCAAAUAAAUAAAUCUUAUGUGUUCAGCACAAAUAGAGUUAAUAUUGUACGGAUAUUAGAUAAUAAAUAUAAUCGUUUUAUAAAAUAAUAGAAUAAGAAAGCUUAGCACUUCAUAAAAGUGUUUGAUGUAAUAGAUUUAAAAAAAAUGGUUUUUAAUUUUAUUGUUUCACUUUCGCUGCGCAAUUAUGAUGAUUCUCUCAUUCUAUUAUGAAAAAAUAGUUCAUUAUAAAAAAAAAACCAAAUAAAUAAAAUGGUACGUAUUUAGAGGGCAAUCAUAUUUUUUGAAAAUUAAUUUUAAAUCCACUUCGUGUAACUGUUUCGUCUGAAGUUUUGAUAAAUUCGCACUGAUAUCAAUAUAGGUUCUAGGUUGAUUUUAUAUUAUGUAUUUUUUUCUAAAUGGUUCUUUGAAUAUAUUUAUUGUGUAUUCUUAAAUAAUAAUAAUAUUUCUGGGCCUUUAGUAUUUAAAUAUUGAAUCAGACGAAAAUAUUUCUCUUAAGUUUAUAAGUCUUCAUAACUCAUGAAUCAUUUGAUUAUUAUACUUGACGAUUUUAAGUUAUAUGUUAAACAAAAUGGCGCUAUUCAGAUUUCAAUAUAAUUAUUAUUAUUUUUAAAUAGCACGGCCAAUUGUUCGGAUUUAAUGUUCGUGAAAUUGUUUAUUUUCCUUUUCAAGUGUAGUUACCUAAAAAAUAUAUGGGAUAGGUUUUCUUAUGAUAUAAUGUAAUCUUAGAUAGUAUUCUACAAUCUGUGUAUUUGGAGCAUAAAUUAUCUGUUGUACAGGCAAUGUGUAAUAAAAUGUUACAUAUUU